CUUGCGACGUAAUCAGCUAGUUACACAUUCCAGGAGGGAGAGAGAAAGUGUGUGUAUGUGUGUGUCAGAGAGAAAGAGAGAGUAGAGAUGUCUUGAGGUGGAUUAUUGGAUGGACCUCGGUUGUCCAUUACGCAGAAGGAGUCUAAUUUUCUUUUUAAUUUUAUGGAUCGGACAAACUGAUGUAAAAACUGAAACUCAACCGCGGUAAUCAGCGAGGUGAACAGGGGGAACAAUAUGGACGCUGAGAGUAUUGUUCAACACGUUGAAUUAGACAUGGAGGCCACUGCAUUGCCUUUUUCAGAGACCACCGACAGCCUGGAGGACGGAAACGAGACGAUUGUGAAUCAGUUCCAGCAGCCAGACUGGCAGGUGGCUCUGUGGGCUAUAGCCUACUCUCUGAUCAUCCUGGUGUCCAUCACUGGUAAUGUUACAGUGAUCUGGAUCAUUCUCGCUCACAGACGCAUGAGGACUGUAACAAAUUACUUCAUCGUCAACCUGGCCUUCUCUGAUGUUUCCAUGGCAACCUUCAACACUCUUUUUAAUUUCGUCUACGCACUUCACAAUGAUUGGUACUUUGGCCUGGGCUACUGCCGAUUUCAGAACUUUUUCCCCAUCACGGCCAUGUUUUCAUCAAUAUACUCGAUGGCUGCCAUCGCAGUAGACAGGUACAUGGCUAUCAUCCACCCUCUGAAGCCCCGCCUCUCCUCCACCUCUACAAAGGUUGUGAUCGCCCUGAUUUGGAUUGUAGCAAUCUUUCUGGCUUUCCCUCAGUGCUACUACAGCGUGACAAUAUUUUACUACCCCAGAACCGUGUGCAUGGUCGACUGGCCGGACGAUUAUGGAGGAACACAUCAACUGAGUUACCAGUUUGCAGUGAUAUUGCUGAUUUACUUGCUCCCUCUGCUGGUGAUGCUGGUGACCUACAGUUUAGUUGGCCAGUCGCUGUGGGGUGGGCACAUCCCCGGAGAGGCGACAGACCAUUACCACAGCCAGAUAACAGCCAAGAGAAAGGUGGUGAAAAUGAUGGUUGUCGUGGUGGUGACCUUUGCCCUGUGCUGGUUGCCCUACCACAUCUACUUCAUACUGGGAUCUUUUAACAGAGACAUUUAUAAACAACAUUACAUUCAACAGGUGUAUCUGGCCAUAUUCUGGUUGGCGAUGAGUUCGACCAUGUACAAUCCUAUCAUUUACUGCUGUCUAAACCAAAGGUUUCGUGCCGGUUUCCGUCAUGCGUUUGCUUGGUGUCCCUUCAUCAAAGUGUCGGCGGAGGACAGGAUGGAACUGCAGCACACGCACACCUUCAGAGUCACCAUGACACGCAGCCACCGCAAAGACAGUUCAUAUGCACACACCUCCAUCAAAACAAACAACGCCUUCGACACAAACGUGGCUAUCGGCACCGAGCUGAACAGAGAGAGAGAUGCUAAUAAACAGGCACCUUCGAAAACAUACAGCACACACAACACAUGUGCACUGAAGAGGCCGGAUGAUACAAAAUCCCCAGCUGCCAAACUUAUGCAGCACAACAACUGACUGCUGAAACAAAUCCCGAUGAGGACGACCUCGAUGGGAUGGCAACAGGGUUUUCUAUAGCAACACAGCUGAUAAUAAGUAAACUGCAGCCAAUAAAGACAGAGGAGCGCCAACAAAGUGGAGCAAACUGUGGUGACAGUCAUCCACGUGGGAAACAUCACGGGUGUGGCUUUGGACCUUUUAGUUAAAAAGGAAUAUAAAUGAAUGUGACUCUGAAGCUGAUGGAUGUUUUGCUGUUAAUGCCAAAGUGGUGAAAUGUGAAAAUAUAACUAUAUAUGAAGAAAUUACUUCUGCAUACUGGACAACAAAAGAGGCGUAGUCUUGCAUUGUUAGUGUUUGCUGUUAGUGGGGAAGUCUGCAGAUAAAUCCGUCCAUUAUUCAUUUGUUUUACUGAAGCCCUUUCUCUCUCGUCCUCCCUCCGUCAUCGACAUCCUUUCUUCCAUCCCUGACUUUUAUCUGCUUCUUCUUUGGUGAAAAGCUGUGAACUGUGGCUAUUUACUGUAUGUGUAACUGUCGUCUUUUUGUGGUUACUGGUUUUCAACAACAUAGCUGGAUGAACAGUCCACUGGCAUCAGCACCAAGCCUUAAUAAUGUUGUUUUUGUGUGUUUCUUUUCUUUGUAUUGCGCCAGACAUGGGAUUUAAAAAGAAAAGAGGCUUUUUUCAAAGGGAAAUGUUCUAUUUAGUUUAUUUUCUUCCGCAAUCAUAACACACACAAUGAUUAUAACUGUAACGUAAUUCAUUGGUAACUCAGUUUAUUGUUAGUGUAGGAUCGACCGUAUCGAUGACCUUAUAAUAAAAGACUCUAUGAAGGCGACGGCGCUGCAGUUAAGCAGAUCAGUAACCUUCAAAUG